AUGGCAGCCGGCAGCGAUGCUACCGAGAUCAAGGAGCACUUCGUCCUUGUGCACGGCGCCGGCCACGGUGCCUGGUGCUGGUUCAGGCUUCUCCCCUUGCUCCGGGGCCACGGCCACCGUGUCUCCUGCGUCGACCUUGCCGGGGCAGCAGGCAGCCGCGUCGACCCUGGCACCGUCCGGUCGUUUGACGAGUACACCGCGCCCCUCGUCGACCUACUGGCCGCGCUGCCGGACGGCGAGAAGGUGAUUUUGGUUGGGCACAGCGCGGGAGGGCUAAGCGUGACCCAUGCAAUGCAUCUAUUCAGCGACAGAAUCAAGCAGGCAAUCUUCAUAGCAGCAGCCAUGCUUCCUUUUGGCUUCGAAACAGAAGAAGACAUUAAAGAUGGCAUACCUGAUUUAUCUGAGCUUGGGGACGUGUUUGACCUCUCAUUUGGCCUGGGGCUGGAUCACCCGCCAACGAGUGUGGGACUGCGGGAGGAGUUCCAGCGGAGGAUCCUGUACGAGCAAAGCCCCCAAGAGGACUGUGCGCUUGCCUCCAUCCUGCUUCGUCCAUGGCCGGCUGCUCUGAGCGCAGCCAGGUUUGGGAAUGGCAAGAGGAGCACAAUCGACAAGGUGCGGCGCGUGUACAUAACAACGGCGAAGGAUACCAUGGUGAAGCUGGAGCAGCAGGAGGGAAUGAUCCGCCGUUGGCCGCCGAGUGAGGUGGUGGCCAUGGACACCGACCACAGCCCCUUCUUCUCUGCACCAGAGCAGCUCUUUCAGCUCAUCCUCAAGUCGCUGUGACCAGUUGUAUACACCAUGCAUGCUCGCUGGGCGAUGGCUAGCUGCUCCUGCCCUUGUAUUCGCCGAUCUUCGCUGUGCGAUGUUACAUGACAAUUGAGUUAAGCUCAGAUGUACAACACAUGAAUAUAGCAUGUUGAUACAUAUAAACAUAAUAUAUACUGCAUUUGAUCUUCA